GAAGAAUCAACUAGAGAUCCUGGCAAGCGCAGCAGAUUGUGGUUUCGUAAAGAUGUUCGAACGGUCCGAAAAGGAGAUAUGAUGGAAGGGCAAAAUUCUCAAAAUGGGCAGAUUAUUGACAUCAGUGUAGAUGUCCCUACUUGUGAGAGGAGCACACGUGCGAGUAAGUUUUGUGGGGAAGCAGCUUGUGGAUUCUCUAAUGCUGGAUUCUACUCCAAGGAUGCUAAAGAACGAUCAGCUUUGAUGUCCAAGCUUUUAAUGGCAAUGAUACUGUGUGUUAUCUCCAUGAGUGUUGAAGUAGUUGGUGGCAUCGAAGCCAAUAGUCUAGCAAUAUUGACUCAUGCAACACAUUUGCUUUCAGAUCUUGCAUCUUUUGCCAUCUCCUCGUUCUCCUUAUGCGCUGCUGGCUGGAAAGCCACUCCCCAGCUGUCCUACGGAUUUUUUAGGGUUGAGAUUCUUGGUGCUUUGGUUUCUAUCCUACUCAUAUGGUUGCUUGCAGGGAUUAUGGUAUAUCAAUCCAUUCUUAGACUUAUUCAUGACUGUCAGGUGGAUGGCCUUUUAAUGUUAAUUGUAGCUACAUUUGGUCUAGUAUUUAACAUCAUCAUGGUUCUGUUAUUGGGCCAUGAUCAUGUUAUUAGCCACAGCCACAGAGUGACAAUUUCUGCUCCUCAUCAUCAUCAUCAUGAGGAACACCCAGAAGAUGAGCAUUGCCAUGGUCAUGAAGAUCCUGCAGACCAUCAUCAUGGUCCUGAAGAUGAUGCAGACCAUCAUGGAAAUCCUGCCGAACCACCACUGCUGGAGAAACCAAAAAAAGGGCAUGAACAGAAGAAGUGGAAUAUAAAUGUGCAAGGAGCUUAUCUCCAUGUACUUGGGGACUCCAUCCAGAGUAUUGGGGCAAUGAUUGGAGGAGCAAUCAUAUGGUACAAGCCUGAGUGGAAAAUAGUUGAUGCGAUUUGCACCCUAACUUUUUCCGUUAUCUUUUUAGGGAUUACCGUCAAAAUGAUCCGGCCCAUACUUGACAACCUGAUGGAGAGCACACCAAGAGAGAUCGAUGCAACAAAGCUCGAAAGGGGGCUAUUAGAAAUGGAAGAGGUGGUGGACAUUCAUGAGCUGCAUAUAUGGUCUAUCACAGUGGGGAAGGUCCUAUUGGCUUGCCAUGUCAGAAUCAAGCCAGAAGCAAAUGCAGACUGGGUCCUGGACAAUGUGAUAAAUUAUAUCAAAAGGGAGUAUAACAUAAGUCACGUAACCGUACAGAUAGAGCGUUAGUGAGCUCUUCACCCGGAAAAUCAUUAUU